UGGGCAGCGUGGCUGGUGUUUCUGGGGUAUCCGGCCUCCCUGGCCCUCGGUUCACCUCUGUCUUUGCACCUCUUCCGGGGUUACCUGCUCUUUUUUAGAUCAGGGCCUGCAAGCUACACAAGAAGCCGACUUUCAGGGCCGAAGCCUGCGGGGUAAACGUCUCGCGACUGUUUCCCUCCUUCUGUCCAUCACCGUGAGGUCCCGCCUUUUCCGGAUUUCUUAGGCCCAUCCUACCGCCCGGCUUUUUUCUACUCGAACUGUGCUAGUUCCACCCCCAAGCUUCAGGCUCUACUCCCAGUAACUUGGCCACGCCCCUCAGUCUACAGACUACGUCUCUGGAUUGUCUCCCACUUCUCAGUCCUCCCUCUUCUGGUUUCCUUACGGACAAGCAUCACUGAUGCAUUCACAAUGCUUAGGCUUCUUCUGUGGUGCAAGGUCGUAUCCCAAACCCUUUGCAUGUAGCCCCCCUCUUUGCUCAGGCCCUGCCCCUCUUAAAUUUAUUCAGAACAGAGUGCUGCUCAGCCUGCACCGGAAUCCACAGAACACCGCCCAAACCGCGGAAGGGUGAUACUGUGAGUGAGGGACCAGUUUUAGGGGAAGGGCGGACAGCCCUCAGCAGACCACCCCCAGAUUCCACCCUUCCCUCUCCUCGAGGUCACGUGAGCAACAUGGAGGUGCGAGAACACUAUAACUUCUUUGAGGUGAGGGCUGGCAGGAGUGGUUUGAGUUUCUUGUGGGCCAGGAGCUCAGCUAAACACCUCCUGGUCUUGGCAGGAGGUGUUCACAGAACUGCGGAAGUACAGAGAGUUUGAAGAGGUGAAUGUGUGAGACACUUGGGGGACCAUCUCGUGGGCAAUGUCUGUGUGAAGGUGCCUGUUUUCCCCCCAUUAGAACCCAGAGGUGGAAGCAUUUCAAUGCCUAAAGGCCACCACUGAAGCCUCAUAGCUUGAGGUCUAUCACUAAAUCCAACCCGCCUGGGAGCUGCUAACUAAUCCCCUGAAGAUUUUGGAGUUUAACUGCUGACCCUGACCAGCUUCCCAAUCAGUUUUCAUGUGAAGAGGACGCUGAGCAGACAGUAGCUGAACUCAGUAACUGCUGGUUCAAUGGGUCCUCUGGCUGCAGGCCCCGCCCGGAUGGGGCCCCAACACCGCCUCUUGUGUGCGGCACUGCUCUUGGCCCAGGCGGUGCUGCAGGAAACCUCCCAGCACUGUGGCCGCCUCGAGUACUGGAACCCCGACAACCGGUGCUGUGGCAGCUGUCUGCAGCGCUUUGGUCCACCACCAUGCCCGGACUACGAGUUUUCAGAAAACUGCGGGCUCAAUGACUUUGGUGAUCACGUAACGCACCCCUUCAAAAAGUGUCCUCGUGGGCAGUGCAAUCCUGACAGCGCGGAGCUUUGUAGCCCCUGUGGCGGAGGAGCUAAGGCCCCCACUCCUGCGGGAACCCAGCGGCGCUGCAGAGAGAAGCCUGUUCCUACCAAAGAGCCCUGUCCCCUGAAGCCUGAAAUAUCCAGCGUCCUAAGCUCCCGGGAACCCAGCUCACCGGCGACUUCCAGCCCCUUGUGGACAUCUGAGCACACUGUCCCUUGGCAGGCCUUGCUAACUGUUGCUCUGCCCCUGGUGCUGGUUCUGCUUGUGACCUCAGCGGCCAUCCUCUGGUUCACUCAGCAAAAGCAUAGCCCCUAUCGCCAUGGGAAAGCCAUCCAUCCUUAUCCUUGCAGUGAUCCCAGCACCUCUCCACAUUCUCAGGAGCCAUCAGAGGCAGAGCUGCCAAAUCUCGCAUCACAGCCCCUGUCUCGCCUCCUGGAUGAGCUGGAAGUGCUGGAGGAACUGAUUGUGCUGCUGGACCCUGAGCCUGGGCCAGGUGGGGCACUGGCCUGUGGUACCACUCGACACCUGGCUGCAAGAUACGGACUGCCUGCUGCCUGGUCCACAUUUGCCUAUUCACUGAGACCCAGUCGCUCACCUCUGCGAGCACUGAUUGAGAUGGUAGUGGCAAGGGAGCCCUCUGCUUCUCUGGGCCAGCUUGGCACACACCUGGCCCAGCUAGGGCGGGCAGAUGCACUGCAGGUGCUAUUAAAGCUUGGCUGAUCUGGGGCUUGCCUGGCCUAGUAAUCAAGUUUCCCUUGAAGUGCCUGCUGCCUACCAGACUCAUGAAGGAGCUCUCAUGAAACAGUCCUAUUUGGGACAAGACACAACAGACGUCCUCAUUCCCCAACCCCCUCAGAAGAGGAGGGCCCAUCUGUCAUACACACAAGACCAGAUGUGGGAAAGCUGGCCUAAGGUGCCUCUGGGGAACCAGGGUCCCUUCUUGAGAAAUAUUCCUGCUACCCCUGGGACAGCUCAUCCAGAGACCCAGCUGGAUUCUAACUUACAGUAUGCAGAACAUUUGUUGCUCUGACGUCUUGACAGAGGCCACAACUUAAUUCUAAUCCUCAACAACAGUUCUCACCUACCUGUUAGGCUGAUGGCUUCCUUGGCUCAAAACAGAUGUGGGGUAUGGAAAAAUGGGAAUUCCUACCUGCACCCAGCACCAUACAAACCAGAAGACCACCUCUCCAAACAUUGACAGACUUUAUUGUGGGGGGUUCCCACCUGGGAGCCCACCCUCUUAAAUAAAAAAGUGCAUAGAAAAGAA